CUCUGUCAGCCGAGCAUGGCCCCGGCUGCAGGACAACCCCGCUGGCGCCGCCGUCCUGCCGGGGCCGGAGUUGGGGGGAUGUCCUUGGCCUUCCCUGUGGGCCGGAGGCAAAUCCCCUGCCUGUCCUUCUUGCUUCCUGCCCCAGGCCCCGAGCUGAGGACGGAGAGCCCGGAGGACAAAUCCCCCCGUGAGACCCUGGUGGGAGAGGCCGUUUUGAAGGGCUCCCCGGCGCAGGAAGGCAGCGGGGAGGAAAAGGGCCGGAGAUCCCCCCGCAGGAGGGGCUCCAAAGCCAUCCCAGGGUGCUCUGAGGAGGAAAGAGCCAGCCUGUGCCGGGAAGGCGGCCAGAGCUUGAGGCGGAGCUCUGAGCUGGUGGUCCCUGAGCAGCCUCCCAGCAAUGAGAAGCCCUUCAAGUGCUUGGAAUGUGGGAAGAGCUUCAGGCAGAGCUCCCACCUCCUCACCCACCAGCACAUCCACACUGGGGAACGGCCCUACAUAUGUGGGGAAUGUGGGAAGAGCUUCAACUGCAGCUCCAGUCUCCACAAACACCAGCGUUUCCACACUGGGGAACGGCCCUACACAUGUCAGGAAUGUGGGAAGAGCUUUAGGCAGAGCUCCGACCUCCUCAAGCACCAGCACAUCCACACUGGGGAACAGCCCUACAUGUGUGGGGAAUGUGGGAAGAGCUUCAGGCAGAGCUCCACCCUCCGCACCCACCAGCACAUCCACACCAGGGAACGGCCCUACAAGUGCUUGGAAUGUGGGAAGAGGUUUCGGACCAGCUCAGAUCUCCUAAGGCACCAUCGGACGCACACGGAUGAGAGGCCCUUCCGCUGCACCGACUGUGGGAAGGGCUUCAAGCAGAACUCCCACGUUGUCACCCACCGGCGCAUCCACACCGGUGAGAGGCCCUACAAGUGUGGGGAGAUUGGGAAGAGCUUCACCCAGAGCUCUAAUGUGACCCAACACCAACGGACCCACCAGUAAUGGAAGCCCUACCAGUGCCCUACCGGACACCA